AGCCCCCGCCAGCACAUGCACAGGCCGCCGCUUCCAGGAAGGCCUGCCGGUCGCCGCGCCCUCGCCGCUCGGCGCCUUUAAGGGCCCGGCCUGUGCCAAGCCUGCCCGCGGGGCAACGGAGCCAUACUGCGGUUUAAACCUGAGUGAGCUAACACAGAAAGUCUUCUCUCGGGAAACGACAUCCUGGCACAGGCAUCAGGGAGAUGACAGUCUAUCCGCAAUUACCUUUGACUCUGAGUUUGAGAUGAAAGCAAAAAGGAAAAGUUUCCACAAACCUCCACCCACAUCACCAAAGUCACCUUAUCACUCCAAACCGAGGAAAGUGGCAUCUUGGAGAUCUCUGAGGACAGCAGCAAGCAUGCCUCUUGGUAACAGAGUGUCCUUAACCCCACAGAAGCUGUGGCCGGGAAGCUCGAAGCAAGGAAGUCUGACCCAGCCCCUGAAGUCAGACCUGACCUUGGAGCAUGCAUGGGCCAGCCCCCCCAGCACUACUCCUGACUAUCUGGCAGCGGCCUUAAGAGUGAAGAGGUCCAAUCUCAGGCGUUCUGCCAGCCAUGGUCAUGUUCCCAGGACCCCUAUCUACAGAGAAAAGGAAGACAUGUAUGACGAGAUCAUUGAGCUGAAGAAGUCCCUGCACAUGCAGAAAAGUGACAUGGACCUCAUGAGAACAAAGCUCCGGCGCCUAGAGGAGGAAAACAGCAGAAAGGACCGACAGAUAGAGCAGCUCUUGGACCCAUCUCGAGGCCCGGAUUUUGUUCGGACUCUGGCAGAGAAAAGGCCCGAUGCUGGCUGGGUCAUUAAUGGGCUGAAGCAGAGGAUCCUCAGGCUGGAGCAGCAGUGCAAGGAGAAGGACAACACGAUCAACAAACUGCAGACCGAUAUGAAGACCACUAACUUGGAGGAGAUGAGGAUCGCCAUGGAGACGUACUACGAGGAGAUUCAACGUCUCCAGACUCUCUUGGCAAGCUCCGAGACCACAGGAAAGAAGACUCCAGGGGAGAAGAAAACAAGCCUCAGAAAGCAGAAGAGAGUGAGCAGCGCCCUCCUGAGCUUGUCUCGGAGCAUCCAGGAGCUCACAGAAGAAAACCAGAGCCUGAAGGAGGACCUGGACCGCGUGCUGAGCAACUCCCCCGCCAUCUCCGCCAUCAAGGUUCCGUCAGGUCCCGUGGAGUGGAGUCAGGCCCGGCUUCCCAGACGGACCUCAGAGCUGGAAAAAAAAAUAAAUUUGAUGGAAGGCCCCAAAUCACAGACUUCCGAAGCGGACAAGUCAAGUGGCCUGGUGCAGUCAGCGUCCAGCUCUGCCGUGCCCCGGCCACCGCGGUGUGACCAGCAGCAGGAGAGCGAGCAUCUCCGGGAGACGGUGCAGAGCCUGAGAGGCGAGCGGAAUGCCCUGCAGGUGCAGCUGCAGGCGAAAGAUUUGGAAGUAAGAAAGCUGCUGCAGGCAAACGCUGACUUGCAGAAGGAGCUGGAGAACGUGAAGGACGGCGAGGAGGAGAGAAGAGGAAGGGAGGAGGCUUUGAGAGAGGAAAUUCAAACACUUAUCAGGAAGUUUCGAGAACUGGAAGAAAUUAAGAGACAAGAAAAAGACGACCCCAUGGAAAUGACUCUUGAGACCCCGGAAGAACCUUCCCUUCCCACCGGCAGGUCCUGUCAGCAGGACUCGAAGCCGGGUAUGAGUGAAAAGGGCUCCUCCUGGCCCCCGUCCACCUGCUCCGAGGGCCGAAGAGACACGGCCGCCAGGGUCCUGCAGAGCCGGUGGAGGACAUACAGAAACCAGAGAAAAAGGGCUAUUCUGGACGAGGUGGCCAUGGUGCUUCAGGCCGCGUUCAGGGGACACGUAGCGCGGGCGAAGCUAUUAUCCAGCCAAGCAUGUUCUUCGGGAUCUCCUGGCCCGCCCCACCAGGACCCUCCAUCCCCACACUUUCCGAGCCCCACCAUCCAGGCUGAGGGCAGCCCAGGACAGGAGGAGGCCAUCACCGCCAUCCAGUCCGUCCUCCGGGCACAUCUGGUGUGGCUCAGCGCUGCCAGUCAGAGAACCAUCACCACAGCUUCCAGGAGGAGGGGGCCCCCUCCAGCCACACACAGCCAGCUGUCAUCUCCACCCUGGCCUGCCACGUCUCCUGGUCCAGAGAACAGUGAAGGAAGCAGUGGGGAGGCCACGCAGGGGCCGUCGGCUGAGGCUGAGGCACCAGAGAAGCCAGUAGCCCUGCGGCUCCACUCUGGGCUGUCCUCUCCCUCGGGACCGGGCCCUGCAGACGAUGGCAGCUCCGACGACUCCGAUGAGAUCGUGGUGGCUCCAGCUGUGGCCGCAGGGAAGACUGCUUCCCCACCUUAGGCCCCAGGCCUGCCCCUCACAUGGUGACAGCCCUGCAGGGAAGCUUGGGGUUCAGAGGACACAGCAUGUCCUAGCAGAUGGCUAACUACAACAGGGAAGUGUUUUUAUCUUGUUAGGAAAGAGCUCCCCGCUCUGCACACCUUAGCGCCCUCAUCAGUUCUUCCAUUUGGUUUGCUCGCCUGUUUGGUUGGUUGGUCGGUCAGGGAAUCCUGAGUGCCUUGAUUUCAUCUCUGGGAAGGGCCAGCUGGGCUGGUUUUCAGUGUCACACAGACAGAUGCUACUGCACAGGACAGGGCAGCCGGGAGCCCUGCAAAGACACGUUCUCAGGAGCGGCUUCCUGGCCACCCCUGGCCUUGAGCUGGGAAGACUGGCCCUGUCUAGCGCCACGACACCUCCUUCUCCCGCCAUCUUCCCUGGCACCACGCGCUCUGAUCUCCACCUGGCAGGUGAAGCUGGACAUGCCAGGCCAUACCUUCUGGAAGAGACAGGACAGACCCUCGUGACAGGGCACAGUGUUUCUGUCUCAUGAGAGAUGAAGACGUCGGGGCCCCGAGAUGGGCUCAUAUUCCUCAGGCUCCUCCUCCUGCCCCUGUCCACCUUCACCUGCCAUCAUCCCCAUCCUCAGGGCCCUGUCCCCAAGAGCUGCUGUACGCAGGGAGGAGUUUGGCGGUAUCUUGUCACUGGGUACGUCAAGCCUUAAAAGGUACCAAACUCCGAUCGCAAAGUAGUAUCAGGUUACCCUUUGAGGAGCACAUUGGGGUGAGCUGUCCCCAGGCCCUGGGAGCAGGAGUGUGGGGCUCACCCCAGGGGAGGGUUCCAAGCAGGCCACGGGUGGGGGGUGCUCUCCCAGCCUGUGCCACACAGAGCUCCCCCUUUGUCUUCGAGGUCAGCCCUUGCUGCUGGGACGCGAAGCGCCUCAGGCCUGGGUGGGAUGCCAAGGGUGCCCCGUGCCCCUAGGUCGGGCACCCAACUUUCUACAGGUCCCACAGCUGACGUUAGAAAGCUCACUCUUGCUGGAAUCUGGUCCUUUUGAGGGUGAAACUUGGGGAGUAGGACAUUCUUCUUUGGGGAAACCCAUGGGCCCUCCUCCCUGAGGUCAGGAAGCUUCUGGCGCCAGGACCGGCGGGGCACUCCGUGGUCACCCACCCGGAGUCGGCAGGACCACUGGCCGGGCUCUGUCCACACAAUGGCUGGAGGAAAAGCUCACCCAGAAGGCUCGGCUUGUUUAGUCUUGUUGGCUCAGCCUGUGGGCUACGAAGUCCAUUUUCUUGUUUCUUGUGUUUCCCACUGGACCAACUGGUACCCAGACCGGAUCCGUUGUUGCUUCUGGCUUGUUUCAUGCAUUGGGUCUGUUCCCCAGUGACACGACCACCCUCAUCUGGGUCCCGGGCUCAGACCUAAGGUUCUGUAGGGGCUGGACAAGCGCUGGGGGCCUGCCCGGCACUCAAACAAUGGGCAUUUCUGCCCUACUUACCGUUUGGGCCUGGAGAACAAGGCCCCACAUGGUGUCUAGGCUGGCCUGGCGCUGUGACCAGAGGGGCCUGGCCAGGGGGUGGCCCGAGAGAGCGAGAUCAGCCUGUGCGCCUGCGUUUCCCAAAGAGACACCCCUGAGAUUUGUAAAUAUGUACAUUCAUCUGCCUGCGUGCCUUCUUCUUGUUGAUCUAUUAAAAGCAAACAUUCUCGAA